GCAUUCCCUUUGUACCAGGGGUUGUGAGCUCGACGCAGACUGCACUAUCAAUCACCGGCAGCUCGCUCCUGUUCUUUGGAAAAGUAGCGAGAUGAAGAUAUAAUGAAGGAGAGCCAGAACACGGCGAAUUGAGAGUCAAAUGAUGGUUUGGAGAAGAGACCUUGGGAUGGAUGCCUUUUUUUGAUGUGCCCAUUUCGCUGUCGACGACACUGGCUUGCAUGGGUUCGCUAGUGUUGACAACCGGCCUUCGCAAAUGAGAGAUGGCAGGGAUGCAGGGCGGAAUGUUCAGCCACAUAUUUUGCGACGGCGCGGGAAUGAAGACUCAAAGCUUAUCGAGUGGGAAUUGGAUGUUGUUGACUGCCAGAGGGCGCGUUAGCGUAGUUCGCCGACGGCUCCGUAUAGGCGAAAGCUUGCUUGUAUCCACCCCCAGGUGCGACAGUAGUAGCCGAACUAAUUUCGCAAAGCGAGAACAAUUGAGUUUACAUGCCCGCCGUGGCUGGGCGAUCUGUCACUGGAAUGCACAUCGCAUACCAAACAGGAAAACCAGACAUGUCGCCAAACCAGCACAGCUCCACCAAGGCCGAGGCGCGGACCUUCUGGUCAAUCGGUUGGUAGACGCUUGGAAUAUCUUUAUCGCAAUCUUGGAAGCUGGACAUGGCUGUCUGAACAGUGGGUUAUCCAGUUAUUUCGGGAUGUCGGUAAGGAGAGGUGGCCGAAAUCAGCAUGAGCUAAAGAAUGAAGACCGAUCGAACUAUCUGCGAUGGGACAGACAUAAGCUGCCGCGUCUCCUCCUCGCCGAUUUCGUUUUGGGGCGGAAGCCGAGUGGAUCGUCGUUGACAGAGAAGUCGUCGCAUCUCCUUUCUAUCUGUUGUUUAUUAUAUCGACGGCCGGCGGGCUAGAAUCCUACCCGAUACGUUAAACAUAAUGCUUUCCGCCUUUUGGCUUUUGGCCGCCAUCGGGCUGGCCUCUACCAGCGAAACACCAGCUUCUGAUGCUGUGACCAGCCUUGAUCCAGGGUUGUUCUCAGGCGGAUGUACGCCAGAGAAGAUGAGCAUUCGAAAGGAGUGGCGGAAUAUGACCAAGGUUGAACAAAUAAGCUAUCUCAAGGGAGUCAAUUGUUUGAUGGAUCUUCCUGCGCAAACGGGGCUAGAGGCCACCACGA